GCGCUUUUGGGGCUAAUUAGCAUGCUAGCAUUCUUCUUCUUCUUCUUUUGACGGUAGUCAGGGAGGCGAUGAAAGAGGGAAUGACCAAAGAAGGACAAAUAAAAUCGAAUAACAAGUGUUUAGUUGCCCCCCCACGGGGGCAUUUUUAGUUUUUUCCACCGUUUCGGUGAACGUCUUUAGCCCCGGCUAGCCAGCGGCUACAUCGGAAGUCCGCUCCGCUAGCAUAGCCUAGCCUAGCAUAGCAUAGCCCUGCUAGCUGUUAGCUACUAGCGCAAAAUGGCCUCAUUGUCGCUCCGAUGCCGAAAAAAGACAAAGCAUGCGGCCGUCACGGGGAGCAGCCCCCGGGCCGCUCCUCCCCGCCGGCUCCACCGGGCCCCGGCGCACUUGCAAUGUUUGAUUAGGUUUCCGUUUGACAGCAGCGGUCACGGGGAUGUUUGUUGACGUGGGGCGAGAUUGUUGAUUUUGAAGCCGCCGUGUUGCUGAAGCUCCACGGUGAACUGGGCCCGGCGGUGGGGGAUGGGUCGGCGCUAGCGGCCAUUGACGUAAAGCGAGGCUGCAUUUGGUUUGGCUCCGAGCGUCGACCGAGCCCGGAGCUCCGGCCGGUCCUGCGCCGAGCGCCGUGUGAAACAGCGAUUUAUGAUUUUGAUAAAAUGUAUAUAAAUAUAAAUCUACCAAACGUAUCAUUGUGUAACACUCGUGACUCAAUGUGUCUGAUGUUUGCGUAAUUUUUUUUUUUUUUUGUACACGUGAUUACUCAUUUCCUGAUACCUGCCGGUCACCGUGUUUGAACACCGUACAGAUCAGCACUUUCGUCAUGAAAUCAUGAGACUAAAUUCCCUGCUAGGAGCAUCACAGUAUGGUUUUUAUUAUUGUUAUUAUUAUUAUAUAUAUAGUCUGGAUUCAUUGUCCCUGGAAAUGAUCAGUCAAGCACCUAUAGCAGACACCAUAGUAAACUUUAAAAUCAGAGUAUUUGUAAAUAUUAAGAGCUAUGGUGGUAUGUUUUUUAUUAUUAUUAAAUAUAGUCUGGAUUUAUUGACCCUAGAAAUGAUCUAAAGCUCAGUCAAGCAUCUAUAUUAGACAUGACAGUAAACUUUAAAAUUAGAGCAUUUGUAAAUAUGGUUGUAUAGGAGAACAGAAUACUACAAUAACAAAUGACUAUUGUGAAGCUUGUUAGUGUAUUCAUUGUUAAAUGUAGUGUUUCAUGUUGUUAUUUUUCUCCAAAAGGAUUUUCAUUUUCAUUGUGUCUAUCGGUUAUGGUUUAUGGAACUUGAUGGGAAUUACUCUUAAUUUUCCAUGUUGCUUAACUGUCAUUAAGUGAUGUGAUUUGAGUACUUGUUACCUGUUAGAUGUCAACAAACAGUGAAAAUAGAAUAAGGCGACUACCUCAGAUGUCUUGAUUUAUCAGUCCAACAAAAUCUCUCAAAUAUUACGGUUCACUCUAUUAAAAUAAUUAAUCCGAAAAGCAACAAACUAGAACAAGAUCAUGUUUGACAUUUGUUUUGUUUAAAAAAAUCACGGAAACUAUUAAUUCAUGGUCAAAAUGAUCACUGAAUAUUUUUCUCUCAGUCACCUAGUAUAUGUAAAAACAUUUAUAAAGAAAGGAGAUAACCGUACUGUGUAAGUCUGAGAACUAGUGUGUGUGUGUGAAAACUGUACGACGUUGUGUUUAGUGUGUAAGUUGUAAGAUUUUACAUUGGUCUGCUACAGGUGCCUGAUGACAGAAAUAAAAGGCCAUUUCUUAAUUUUUUUUAAUUAAAGACAAUUUUGAGCAUUAUUCUGUAGAUUCAUGGUAUUUACAAUAAAUGCAAUGCAAAAAUCCUUGAGAUUUAAGCCCAAAUUGCUAAAACUAUAGGGUGUUCAAAAACAUUGAAUAAUCAAUAUACCUGUAAAAAAAAUGUCCCAAACUGUUUUCUCUUCUGUGCAGGCUGCUCUCUCUCAGGUUGUAGGUCUUCCUGGUUGCAUCCUAUAUGAAUCUUCACACGUUGUUGUUGUUGUUUUUCCUUCAGGGAGGUCUCUAGUGUCUCUCAUUUAACAGGGUGGUCCAGCACAAACGCACCACACGAGAAGACAACACGUGUCCAUAAUUGUUCUCCCACUUUUUUUGUAUUGUUCCUCUCCAGGCACCUUCAGAAAUGACUUUUCCCCCCCCUAUUCUGUCCACUGUCAGGAAAUGUUAUCCUGUGCAAGCGUGGACUCAAAGACCUCCGACUCCCGAGAUGUAAGCUGCGUUCACACCAUACGCAAAUUCACUUUGCGUUUGGUGUGAACACGGCAUUAGAUACACUUCUUUAUUUUUUUCUUUAGUAUUGGUCGUAACUUCUUAAAGUGUGGUGCUAGUGUAGUGAAGACAGUAGCUGUCAUUUAAUCUUUCUAUCUCAUUCAGAGAAGAACAGCAACUCCGUUCUUUACAGGAGGUAAAGAGAUUAAAAGAUUAAUUGACCAUAAAGAGAUUAUCGUCAAUUAAUUAAGUGGAAAUGGCUCUCGUUCGAUUGCAUGUUGAUUUUAAAUGUUAAAGAAUGUGGUGUGUUUUGCAAAAGGGCAAAAAUGUGUUGAUUGAAAAAGAAAGAUUUAUAACGUUGCACAUAUAUAUAUUACAGGGCCCUGGUUUUGUCUUUGGCAUCGUGCGAUGAAAAUUAAAAGAAGAAAAAAAAUCUUUCUUGUCAGUUUUGCAGAUGAGUUACGACGAUAACCGCAGUGUCUCGUGCAUUUAGUUCCAUUUUGGGUAAAACUUCUAACAACUCUUUGCCGUUUUGUUUCUAUACUGUAAAACCCGGAGUCCAACAUGUGUGACUCUUUGUGUUCACUGUGGUCAAACUUUGUGUGAUUGUUUGUCUUUCUAAAACAACAACAACAACAGAUGUAUCAGGAAGUAGAAGUUCACCCCGACGCCCGGCCCACAGGUUGUUGUGCUGCAGCCGGACACUGCUCACUAUUCUUUCCCCCUCUUUCUGUCUGAUGGAAAAUGAAACGCCACAGGCUGCUGAUCAGUGCUCAGUCUCUUAUUUUUGUACUUUUACUCUGCGAGUCACAGGCCCCUUUAAUGUUUCGCAGUGUAUUCCAAGUGGCGUGUCUAAUGAGGAAGUUGACUCUUGCCUUUUCUUCCCCUCCUCAGUGAAAAUCUUGUUCUACUAGUUUUUGAAGCGUGUGCGUGUGGACACGGAAACCUGAUAUCCCUUGUACAUAUUAGUGGUUCAUGGUGGUUUACUAUGUGUUGUGUGAACAUUGUGAAUUGCUAUUAUUUGUCAUAUUUUACCCCCUUAGCACCUCAUUGAUUAUUAGGACAUCUUCUCUUUUUGAUUCUCUUGCUCACAGGUGGCAGUUGGGAAAGAACACGACUCUUUUUUUGUUUUUGUUUUGUGACAAAGGUCUCUGUAGUCUUGUGCUUUUACGUCUGAUGCAGCGUCCGUGUUUUAGUUUCUAUUUUCGGUGGCUCAGUGGUCUGUUAAAAGUGUGGUUGUUCCGCCCAGCAGGAGUCUUGCCUCAGACUGGCCUAAAAUGGGCAGAACUGGUGCUGAACAAAAGCUGCUUGUCGCUCGUACAAAAGUACUUGAAGCGCUGCAGCCGGGACCGGGCUGCAUUGCUAUUGCCUGUGCCUCUCAACAGGAAAGACAGACAACAUGUUCCCGAAGGGCACCAAGCGCAAGUUCUCCGACUCCGCGGAGGAGCCGGUCGCCAGCGACGACCAGGACCAGGCGGCCGAGGCGGCGGCAUCAUCUGCGGCGGUGGUGGCGGCCGCUGCCGCUCGGACGCUGUCGUCCUCGUACAGCCUGCAGCGGCAGUCGCUGCUCGACAUGUCGCUGAUCAAGCUGCAGCUCUGCCACAUGCUGGUGGAGCCCAACCUGUGCCGCUCGGUGCUCAUCGCUAACACGGUGCGGCAGAUCCAGGAGGAGAUGACCCAGGACGGCACCUGGCAGAUAAUGACCCAGGCGCUGGCGGCGGCCCAGUGUCCCGCCGACCGCCUGGUGGCCACAGAGGUGCUGUGCCGGCAGACGGACGCGGCGGCUCAGGCCGGGCAGAGCCCCAAGCCCUUCUCGGUGGUCGGCCUGGAGGAGGGCUACCACGCAGAGGAGGUGGUGAUGGAGGGCGACGCGGAGACGGAGGUCACCAUGUCCACCUUGUCGCCGGUGUCCCCCCAGCUGUCGUCCACCUCUUACCUGGCGGGACCCUUUGGCAUGGGGCCCUGCUGGGAGGAGGAAGAGGAAGAGGAGGAAGACGACGGCGAGUGCGAGGAGGACGAGGAGGAGGACAGCGAGGAGUGCGUUUCGGAGGGCGAGGAGGCGGACCGGGGCCACCUGAGCCCAGACUCCAGAACAGGGGAGCAGGUUUUUGGGACUUUUGAGAUCAAGCACCCGCCGCCGCCCCCCGACCCGGCGCUCGAGGAACUCUUCUCAGAUGUGGACCCGUCCUACUACGACCUCGACACGGUGCUGACGGGCAUGCAGACCUCCCCCAAGAUGGGGCCCUACGACCUGCUUGAGAGCCUCUCCUCCCACGCGCCCACGGCCCUGAGCUCCAGCUCGAGCUGCAGGUCGGACCUGAACGAACUGGACCACAUCAUGGAGAUCAUCGUGGGGUCCUGAAACAGAACAUUCCUCUCGGGGGGCCCGUACCGAUCCCACUGACUCUUUCCAGACUAUGCACAUUUACACGUGCAUGUUCUGUAUGUGGUGACGUUGCGCACGGAAGUUGUUGGAGAAAGUUUUGGGGGGAACAAAUUGGGAAAUUAACAGCGAGCCAAGUAGAAUUUGGGAACCGGCCGUUGGAGAUGUAGUUAGUCUCCUCUGACGGCCGCGUAGACAAGUCGGCAGCUGCGGGUCAGGACCUUUGGUCUUUUAUUAAAAAUUAAAAAUGCAAAUUGGUGGUUAAGUAGUGAGGGUGAAAUCAAUAAAAAAUGUUGGGGUUCACAAGCCAACCCUGACCUUGUGGGCGGAGCCGUUAGUUUCCUACUUUGUUGACGAAAUUCCCAAACUGGACAGUUUACCUGUGAGCAGGCGAAGAUAAUUACCUAUACCAUGAUGCAUUCUUAUUUACGUAUUUUUCCAUGUUUACGUCUGUCGUUCAUUCUUGUCAUACUAGCUCCUUCUGCCAUUUGUUUUUCUUUUUUGUCCAUUUCUAUUUAUUGUUACAUGGACUUGAGGAACAAUUUCAUCACACUACAUGCAUCGGAAAAAACCCCAGAACAAAUUGUAAAUCCAAAAUCUAUGAAUCAACGCAUAUUUUUCCUAAAAAGAGUUGAGCAAUUAUGAAUGGAAUAUAUGUAUAUGUACGUAUGUGUAUAUAGAAAUAUAUUUUUUGCAUUAUACAGCUGGGGGGGGGAUUUUUUUGCAAGUAUCAUUUGAUAUUAUUAUUGUUAUUGUUUUGUUUCCCUCCUCCCCCAGGUCGAUUUUUAAGAUUUUAAUGUAGCCAGACUUCGAGACAGUGUCUUCCCAAUGGUUUGGUAUGAAAACAAGUCAACUGUUAAACCGGCGUCAUCGUCCGGCAUCGUCACACUUUAUAGGCGCUGUUCUUUCAUAUUUUUAUUUUUUCUUCCCCCUUCCAAAGCUUUACGCGAGGGGGGGCAGGGGGUUCACCGCGAGUCGUCAACCACGCUGGUUUUCAUACGAUUUGUGAGUUUACAGUCGCCGGGCGGACAAACGCGGAGGAAGUUUCCUGCCCCCUUUAAAAUCUUCACAGAUCUAACAACAACAAUAAUAAUAAUAUAGCAGCAGCAGCAGCAGCAGCAGCAGCUUCUUCUUUUUGUUUUCCUGAAGCGUUUGGAGAAACCCCGGGGUGAUAACUGCAUCAAGAAGCCAUAUUUCUUUCUCUCAUUUGUUUUGAACGACAAAUGGAGAAACUCUCUGUGUUAACCCUUCUAAUUUAUUGUUGUUUUUAUUUAUUGUAUUUAUUAUAUCUAGGUACAGACGAUGCCAUAUUGACUUCAUUGGCCCCGAUGAAAUUAUAUUUAUCCAAAUUUUUUUUUGCCCUCCCGUUUCGAAAUGCAGUACCUAUUUAUUCCUCUCAUUUUUCUGUUUUUCAUUUUUAAAUAUUAUUAGUAAUAACAACAACAACCGGGUUACUAUUCAAAUCACUAUGCAGCUCUGUCAUACGUGUUUCAAAAAUGAUUGUAUACGACUCAAAUGUCCUUUAAUUCCUUUUAUGCAAACAGUUGCCUUCUGUCCUAAAGAUGUGGAAAAUCAAAUGCAUUUUUCUCAAAAAAAUUGUUUCCUUAUGGUGAUGAAGAGAUUAACUCAGGCAAAAAUAAAAUGUAUUGAAUAAAAUACAGUAUUACGACACGCUUAAUACCUUACCGCAACACUCCUGAAGGAUGUCACUCUGGUCUGAAUGGGAGCUAGAACUUCAAAGACUAAUUACCGUUGUAAAAUGUAUGCAUUUUUUUAUAUUAAGGAAAAAAACAUUGUAGCAUCUUUGUAAAUAUUUUUUAUAAUAAAAGGUGCAACUAUU